CUUUUGAACAGUUUGUUACCGGGAUUCAUGACUGCAGUGGUUGCAAUCAAAGACAUCAAGCUAUUGCCAGAUGCAGACUUGCGUCGUCAUGCUACAUCGUUUGGUCUGGACAGUCUUGGUCCAAGAAAGACUCUGAUUGACCGUAUUGCUCGACAUAUUCGAACCACUUGCUCAGCAGGCACAGGACUGUCGCAAUCCAAGACCACUCAACCAGCAAGUCUUGAACAUAACAAUUCUAUCAAAAAACAUCGUAGAAAAAAGACAUCUAAUGGUGCUGCUCGUCAAAAGAAUGGCAACAAGACUGAUGGUUCUGCCAAAGACUCGUCAAAUGGACUGGAUCGUACACAUCACACAAGCCAGGAUGACGAGAUUGAUGCCAUUGUCGAGUAUGUGCCAGAAACUAUUGGCAUUCAGUUACAGGAUUCACCAUUCGAGACUUUUGCUCAAGUGUUUGCCAAGUUUGUUCCUGCAGCAGAAACGGGCGACGGUGAUGGUGAAGCGAAUGAAAAACAUCCAUAUGGUGAUCAAGAUGAACGAGAUGAUAUGGAACUCGAUCGAUCAGACAAUGACAGUCAGGAUGAUGAUUUGGCCGAUGGCGACAACAGGAAAUCCAUGUCUAAAAAGAAACAACGCAAAGUUAGUCGAUUGACUGUUGCUGAACUCAAACAGCUUGUAACCAAACCCGAAGUUGUUGACUGGGUUGAUGUUACGGCAGCAGAUCCAAAACUAUUGGUUCAUCUCAAAGCAUCUAGAAACACUGUUUCUGUUCCAAUUCACUGGAUGCAAAAGCGAAAAUAUUUGCAGGGAAAGCGAGGUGUUGAGAAAAUGCCAUUUGAACUUCCAGACUUUAUCAAGCAAACCGGAAUUACUCAGAUGCGAGAUGCUGUCAAGGAAAAGGAAGACGCUACUAAACUGAAGAGUAAAACUCGUGAGCGACAUCAACCCAAGAUGGGAAAGUUGGAAAUCGACUAUCAAAAGUUGCACGAUGCAUUCUUUAGAUGGCAAACAAAACCCAAACUGUCGAUAUUUGGUGACGUAUAUUUCGAAGGAAAAGAGUUUGAAACUAAACUAAAGCUAAAGAAGCCUGGUAAUCUUUCUAAUGAUCUUGUUAUGGCACUUGGCAUUCCACCACUCGCACCACCCCCGUGGUUGAUUAACAUGCAGCGAUACGGACCUCCACCCAGCUAUCCGCAACUUAAGAUUCCUGGUUUAAAUGCUCCUAUUCCCGACGGUGCUCAAUGGGGUUAUCAUCCAGGUGGUUGGGGAAAACCUCCAGUAGACGAGUUUAAUCGUCCGCUGUAUGGUGAUGUAUUCGGUACAAGUAUAGAUCAGACCAAUUCAGAGCUUAUAACACCAAUUGUACGAACAUUGUGGGCUGAACUAGAAUCUGACGAAGAAGAGGAAGUGGAAGAAGAAGAGGAGGAAGAAGAUCAAGAUGACGAAGAAAACGAUGAUUCUUCUAGUGCACCACCGGCUCCAGACGGAUUAGUUACACCCAGUGGUCUUGCUAGCGUACCAAGCGGUCUUGAAACACCCAACUUUAUUGAAUUGCGUAAACGGCCGAUGGGUGAACCCGCUGGGCCACCUAAACAGCUUUACACGGUUGUAGAGCAAAAAGAGACUUCAAUCAAAGGAUUUAUGGGUAGCCAGCAUGUAUACGAUAUGUCUAAUGUCACUGCUGCGUCCUCGGGAUCUGGCGCAGCAGUUGAAUCAGCGGCAUCAAAAGCAUCUGCUGCCAAGCGCAAAUUGGGAAUAGUUUCUUCAGCCAUCCAAGUAUCACUUAAUCCAGAUGAUCUUGCCGAUGGUUUGGAUGACGGAACCCUUAAGCGUAAAUUCGAUCAAGAGGUUUUAGCAGUACGUGCCGAGGCGGCUGUUGGACGCGAAGACUUUUCAGAUAUGGUUGCUGAAAAUGCUCAAAAACAGGCUAAAAAGCGACAAAAGAAAGAUGAAUCUAGCAAUGCAAGUGGUAACAAGCGAGACAAGACCAAAGAUUUCAAGUUCUGAAAUGAAUUCUCUUUACUACUGCUGUAUUCACGUAAAAUGGAACACCAAAUAAGAGUGUCAAAGCACAUAAUAAACUGCCAGUCUCGUAAUGAU